AUGGCUGGAAAAAAUGGGUAUGGGUUCGUAAACAGAGUCCGGAGUUCCCCUGGAUUUUGGUCUGAGCCACUAGCUCUGGUAAUUUUUGCAUUGGGGAUUCAACUUGUUCAGUCAGCAAAUGAUCAUUCUCAAUGGCAGAUUCAGUCAGUGAAUGAUCAUUCUCAAUGGCAGAUUGCGGUUUUGGAAUUUUGCUUUGUGAUUCUUUUUCCUUUGCUGAACAUAUACGUUGCAUGGUCCGGUUAUGCAAAGGAAUUUCUAUGUGGUGGUGUUCUUGAAGAGACAUUAUUGCCUGAUGAAAGACAGAGCAAUGGUACCGAAAAGUUUGUAAAGGAAGAAAAAGAAAUCAGGCCGCCCAACAUGAUGGUGCCUGCUACCCUAAUUGAUGAUUCUAUUGCCCCAAAAAUUGCCAAUAAUAAAGAAGAAAUUCAAACUUACCUCAACAAUGGCAAUGAUGAUGAUAGCGACAAAAUCAACAAUCUGAAGCUGUCUCCAAUGAUGAUGACGGUGAUCAUAGCAAUGAAAAUCAGCAACCUGAAGCUGUUUCCAAUGCUGAUGAUGAAUCGCGAUGAUGGCGCAAAAAAUCAGCAAUCUGAAGUUGUCUCCAAUGGUGAUGAUGGUGAUGCUAGCAAUGAAGAUCAGCAAUCUGAUGCUGAAGGUAUGCUUGAUAAAAUACAGAGAGGAUCCGGAAAUGCUCUGGAGAAGAUACAAGAUAAAGGGUUGACGGCAAAAGAGAAGCAAUCAGGGGAGAUAUGUUGUGAAUUCGCAAAGGAGGAAGAAAUCCGACGGCCUAAUAUGAAGGCGGCUGCUGCUACUACCCUAACUGAUGAGUCUACAUCCCAAAAUGGUGCCAAUGAUGAUGAAAAAGAAACUGAAACUUAUCUCAACGACGAUGAUGAUGGCAAUGAUGACAAUGAGGAUGACAGCGACGAAAACCAACUCUCUGAUGAGCAUGUGGCAAGGUUGGAAACUAUUUCACGUGUUUUUUAUGAAAUGCUGAGGGAAUGGGAAAAGGUUUCAGGGAAAAUACAAGAUGAAGGGACAGCAAUACUUUACGAAAUUUCGGAUAAAUGUUUCGAGGAUUUCCAAGAAUUGAAAGAUGAAAUUGAUGAAUUGCAAAUGAGGGUUUGUACUGCCACUAAUGCAUUGUUGGAAGAAUUUCAGAAAGAUUGCCAAAAGUUGAAGGAAGAAAGCAGUGAAUGGGAGAUGAAGAAAGAGGAUGAUUACCAAUGUCCCAAGGAGCAACACGCUGAUGAAUUAUCAACUACGCUUUCCACUUCUACUUCUAGUUCUACGACAGAAGAAAGUUUUCUGAAAGAGAGUCAAAAGACAGAGGAGUAG